CAUAGGUAGUGUAUACCCAGGUACUUUUUUUUUUUUAAACAAACCACAUCACUAAAGUUCAAAAGUCAAUAUUUAAAAACUCAUCGCAAUCAAAAAUCGCAAAUCGCAUCGCAUUUACACAGUUUUACCUGGUCAUCUGCGCGCAUCCAUUUACUUCUAAAAAACUUGGUUACUAGGGAAACUGGUAAUAUCCUAUCGUACAUUAAAAACCUUCUAGUGUUCCCGAAUGGUAUAAAUAUCUGUGGGCCAUUCUUUCUUUCUCCGUCGCCUAUUUAAAUUUUUCCAAAACUGGCGCGCUCUAUUCUCACUCGCCGCGUCGAAUCCCACCAUCACCACCAUUACAACGAGUCAACCACCACAACUCUUUUGAGGCUCUGCGCAUUUAACCCCACCUACCUAAUCAUUUGCCCAAUUCGACAAACAAUAUUACUUUUACAAGUUUUAUUUAAAGCCCCACGAUAUCCCCUCUGCAAUUAAUACGCAAACCAAAAAGGGAUAUCGUAUUAACUUCGUCUUUCAAUUUGCGCCACGCGCCUCCUCACCACCGACCCCUCUUCCGGCUGCGUAAGUCGUGACAAGCUCGCUUGUUAUCUCCUCCGCGCUCUCUCUCACCCCGGACACGCAUUGAAUAUAUCGCCAAUCGCCUGGUAAUGGGCUUUCAGCAUGCCUCCAUCAUCUAAGCGAUCACAGAGGACGCGCCGCCCUCGCGAUGUUAGCCCCAGCCCCGCUCUAUUAGAGCAGUCUUCGCCAUCUCGACCGUCUAAGCGCCGUAAGAAGGUGGAUGAACCGAUAUCAGACAUAGUAGAAGACGAAGGCUCAAGCCUCACUGUUGACAAUUCAGCUACCGAAAGCACCAGCGACGAUGACCGACUGAUUACCCAGGUCACUCAACAUUUGCGAAGCAUCCAAACCCAAGCUAACAAGGAUCAUGCCAAUGCUAUUCACGAGGCCAAAACCGAAGACAUAGAGGCUUACGCCAAGAUAGCCGCUCAAGACUGGACUUAUUUUAUCAAGUCUUUAUCUAUCAAUAUAGGCAGAACCUCCGAACCUUCGCAUUCCCAUCCUCCAGUACAAGAUCAGGAGGAUAAGGAUUUCGUUCAUAUCGACCUCGGCCCUUCUAAAACCUUCUCGCGCCAGACUGCAAUCAUUUAUUACGACUCGGAUGCCGGGAGGUGGUUUCUACAGGCGAAAGGGAGAAAUGGGCUUAAGGUUGAUAAUGUUCCCUUCAAGAAGACGGAUGAUCCACAUCCAUUGUCUAGCGGCGAAGUCAUUGAGACUGGCGGCAUUGAGAUGAUGUUUGUCCUGCCAGCAAGCCUCGGCCCGCUUCGAAUACAUCCCAUGUAUCUUGAACAAGCUGGCCUCAAGGCUCCUCGCUCAAGUCCCGUGCGCGAGACUGGCAGGACUGCCUUGCCCACAGCACCCCCCGCGGACCAUUCAUCCUCGCAGUCUACCGCGAGGCCCUCUUCUUCCCGUAGCCAGAUCUUCCCGCAACCAAUUGCACCAGCACCUCCGGAUUACAGGCGACCCGGGACCCCACCGUCGGCGAAGAGCCGUCCUACCACUUCCCAGGCUAAAACGCCUGCACAUGGCUCUUCUGGAACUGUGAUAAUGAGCCAGAGCGACGUGGACCUAAGCAAAGAUGAGAACAAGCAUAUUAAACCUCACUUCAGCUAUGCGCAGAUGAUCACACAGGCUAUAAUAAGCACCUCCGAAGAAAAGUUGAAUCUGGCUGGCAUCUACCAGUACAUCAUGAACCAUUAUGCCUACUAUAGAAACCAACCCCCCUCCGGCUGGCAGAACUCGAUUAGGCACAACUUGUCCUUGAACAAGUCCUUCAUGAAGGCGCCACGGUCGACAGACGAGCCCGGAAAAGGUAUGAAGUGGGAAAUUGUUCCAGAUGCUCACGACGAGAUGGUUCGGGUUGCUUACAAGGGUGGACGUGGAGGGCAUCGAGGCUCUUCUGCUCCAUCUUCCCCUAGUCAGCCCAAUCAACUGAGUUAUAUUACGCAUGGGCCUAGGGAUGUCUUAGCUCGAGAACCUACCUCGACCCGCAAGCGCAAGGCUUCGCCAAUCACAUCGCCACCCCCAAGACCAACCAUCAACCUAUCUCAGGUGACACCAGACCGCAAAUAUCUCCCAACCGGGCCGGCGAGUUUCCAAGACGGUAGCCCUCUUCCGCGUCGCAAACCCUUAGAUGCAUCUGGAUCCUUUGGCGAUGCCCUCCCAAACUCGCCACCGACCCUCUCAUCUUCGUAUCUCCAGGAUGAAAGCGCCUCUUUUGUAACUCCAGCACCACACCGAGUCCACCCUCGACUUGCGCCUCCCAGUACUGCCCAGAGGCCCAGUCAACACAUGCCGACCAGUUCGCCUGCCCCCUUCUGGAAGUAUGCCGAUAUCAACAGCACGCCCCUUAAGGCAUCGCAGUACGACCUCAGUCCUUUGAAAUCUUUGGGCUUGCCCAAUAGCAGCAGCCCCCCUCCCGCCGCUGGCGACCGUUCGCCUAUAGCUAGCCCUAGUAGAUCGACCAAGCCCAGUCGCUCCGAAACUCAAGAGAAUGUCACGGAGGCAGAAGAAGAAGAGGAAGGCUCUGGCUUUGAUCUUACCAAGGGAUUUCAAAGCAUUGGCUCCUAUCACAGCAUGAACAAUCGCGUACAACGAGCCAAUGGAGGUCGGGCUUAGAGGAGUUCUGAAGAGGUGUUUGUUUAACUGAUUUAUCUUUGCUUCUUGCCCCCCCUGCUUCAUUAUAGUAUAUAUAGUCCCUGCAUUUUUCUCGGUUCAGGAGGUCCCCCUCUAUAGAAGGAUCUCCCUCAUCCAGUGUUUUACUACUACCAUUGGCCGGAGUUUUAGUGGUUGUUUUUGUUUUUGUUCUUGCUUUUUAGGUAUCUUAUUUUUUUACCCCCCCCCUCAGUGAUACACAUGUAUUAUGAUAUGAAAAAGGGAAUUGACGCAAAGACCGGUCCGUGGCGGACAAGGUCAGUUACGCGAGUGAUGCGGCACGGCAUUAAGGGGUCAUGAGAAAUC